AUGCCGAGAUUACUAAUCUCAAUUCCUGCUACAAGAAGAGUUCCUCUGGCGCUGCUUACCGCAGUGGCGUUAUAUUUCACAAGUAUUCCUCUGGACACAGCUUCCACAAAAACCAUGAAGGGCCAAAAAGAAGCAGAUGAUCGUGAUGUUGUUGCUUUAUUGGCGUUCAAGUCCAAAAUUCAGCAUGACCCUUAUGGAAUCAUGAACUCGUGGAAUGAUUCUCAUGGCUUGUGUAGAUGGGAGGGCAUACAAUGUGGUCGCAAGCACAAAAGAGUAACCAGCAUAAAUCUGAAAGACAAAGGCUUAGUGGGCUUCUUGUCACCUUUUCUGGGCAAUCUAAGCUUUCUUCGUGCAUUAAAUUUAACCAACAACACCUUUCAAGAUGAAAUUCCUGCCCAAUUCGGCCAGCUAUUCAGACUUCAGAUUCUGUCUUUGUCAUGCAACUCAAUAGAGGGUGAAAUUCCGGCAAAUCUAUCCCGGUGCUCCAGUCUUGUGCAACUUUCUCUGAGCUACAACAAGCUAGUUGGGAGAUUACCGCCGGCAUUUGGUUUUUUGCGUAAUCUUGAAACUCUUGCCAUUCUCACGAACGACCUAACAGGAGCUAUCCCUUCUUCCCUUGGAAAUCUUACUUCCCUGACUUCACUUGCUGUAGCAGAUAAUCAUUUGCUGCAUGGAAGUCUUCCUUCAGCAUUAGGCCUCAUGCUUCCUCAUCUUCGGUAUCUCUUGUUGGCUGAUAACCAAUUCACAGGAAUGCUUCCAGCCUCAAUAACAAAUGCCUCUGAUCUAACUACGAUUGACAUUGGAAACAACAGAUUCAAAGGCAAAAUAGCCUUUGAUUUUGGAGGCCUGCCCAAUCUCGUUGUCCUAUUUGCGCCAGAUAAUAAUUUUGGGAGUGGGGAACUGGAUGAAAUGCAUUUUCUUAGUACCAUGACAAACUGGAGCAAUUUGGUUGGUGUGGACUUGGGGUCCAACCAAUUAAAAGGGGUGUUGCCCAGCAACAUUGGUAACCUGUCUCAAUUCUUCCGUAUACUGUCACUGGGUGAUAAUCAUAUAUAUGGAGGGAUACCUUCAGUACUCGGUAAUCUCGUCAGCCUAUAUAAUUUAGUUCUAGAAGGUAAUCAGCUCACGGGCAGCAUCCCAAGUACGAUUGGUAAUCUUCAAAAGCUUCAGAUGCUAGCCCUUGAUUCCAAUAAAUUGUCAGGAAAAGUUCCUGACUCUUUAGGAAACCUCUCCAUUGAUGGAUAA